UCGUGGCAUUUAAAGUACGUAAAAAUCUGUCACGAAGAUCAUGUAUCUCGUAGCGCUUUUCUUCGUCGUCACUGUGUUACUCAGUGUCUACUUGUACUUGAUCAGAAACUAUAACUAUUGGAAGAAGCAGAACAUCCCAUGUGCACCAAAACCAAUACCAGGAGUCGGACACGCCCUAACUGUUCUGAUGGCUCGCGAGAACAUGGCUAUGUGGGCAGAAAGAAUGUAUAAACUCAUGGGAAAGCAUAGCAUGUUCGGCUGCUACUUCGUUCAAAAGCCCGCUUUGUUGAUCCGUGAUCCAGAACUGAUCAAGACCAUACUGCAAACCAACUUCUCAAGCUUUCGUAACAACCUGUCAACCCUCCACAAAGAUCUGGAUCCCAUCCUGUACAAGAAUUCGUUUUUUGCCAAGGACGAGCUGUGGAAGGAGUCGAGAACUAUCCUAGGAAAUAACUUCUCUGGCAAGACCCUACGCUCCGUGUUCGCCAUUCUCUGCAGAGUGUGCGACGAGUUCACCGUCUACGUGAACGAAAAAAUUAAGUCUGGCAUCGUGGACUUCGAACUGAAGGAUCUAUCUGUCAAAAUCUCUGGAGAGCUGGUGGCAAAUGCUGCGUUUGGUAUCGAAGGCCAGAGUUUUAAGGAUAAUCCAGAUCGUGACGCUUUCACAGAAGUAGCAAAACGAGCCUUUGGCAUGGGAAUGAGCAAUGGCUUGGAGAACGCCUUGCGAUUCUGCUUUCCAAGUUUGGCUACAAAGAUCGGUGUAAGGCUGUUGCCCAAAGAGACCGAUUUAUAUUUCAGACAAAUCAUUAGAACAAUCAUCAAGACGCGCGUGAAAAAGAACGAAAGUAACAGCGAUUUCCUGCAGUUCAUUGUGGACAGGAUGCACGAGAUAGACGAGGAUAUGGCACUGGCCCAGGCUACAAGUAUAUUUUUCGACGGCUACGAAACGUCCAGCUCGGUGUUAAGUUUCGUAGUCUAUCGGCUUGCCGAGCAUCCAAGCGUUCAAGAGAUGGCACGCGAAGAGAUUUAUUCUGUAUUGAAAAAGUGGAACAACAAACUGACGUACGAGUCCGUGAAAGAGAUGAGAUAUUUGGAGCAAGUGGUGUGCGAGGUGAUGCGUCUAAACCCGGGGCUCGGUGAGUUGAUUAAAAUAUGCAAUGAGGAGGUCACUAUGCAGGGCAAGGAUGGGUUGAAAUGUACCCUCAAGCCAGGGAGUUUGGUGGUCCUCUCAGCAAUGGGUAUUCACAUGGAUGAUGAGUUUUGGCAUGACCCACAAGUCUUUGAUCCAGAACGCUUUAGUCCAGCUAGAAGAAGUAAAGUGAAUAAGUACUCGUAUUUGGCAUUUGGAGAGGGUCCAAGGGUUUGUAUAGGAAAGAGAAUGGCGAUGAUGACAGUAAAGAUGGCUGCUGCAGUGAUACUGAAGAACUAUUUGCUAGAAGUGGCACUUAUGAUGACUUUGCCUAUAAAGAUGAAUCCAAACACUUUUGCGUGGGUUGCCAAGGAUGGUCUGUGGGUUCGGUUCAAGCAUUUAAGGGUUUGAAUAUUCUGAAUUAAGGUGUGAUUGUGUAAACAAGAAAAUUUUGUAUUGGUGAAAUAAAAAAUAUUAAAUGUUAA